UAACAGAAAAAAAAAAAAAAAUGAUGAAAUAAUUAAAUAAAUGAGCAAGGUGCAGUUCCGCCAGGAGCCGUGAGAGUGUGUGCGCGCGCGAAUGUGUGUGUGGCGUCUGUCUGAAACAUGAACCGCUUGCGUUAGACAUCAGGAGGGCGAUUCAAAACGGGGGAAAUAUCAGCACCUGUCAUCAUCCGCAUCAUCUUCAGCAUCUUUCUGAAAACCUGUGCGCGCGCCAGCCAAAUUAAACCAGGGCGGUGAAAUUAUUUGUGCGAGCUGCCUAUGAAGGGGAGGAAGGUGUGACACACUACAGAGUGUGUGUUGUGGUUUGCAUUAGUGUUAAUGCUCUUACUUACUACUCUCUUAAUUAUCAGCCGUGGAAAACUGGAGCAUACAUGUCGUGAUCUGAGAAAAGCAUCGGGUUAUUCUUAUGGAUUAACAUAUGAUCUGAAUUCAACCCAGGUCAAACCGCUCCUCUCUCCUCCCCUCUCCGUUUUUUUCUCCUCCUCUCCCUCCCCUAUGCUCAAUUCGGUGUGUGUCUCCUCAUUCAAAGGGCGCAAGGGUGGGAACAAGUCGUCCAACAAAGCAUGUUACAGCGCCGACAUGACUUGCCCGUCGGAAAGCGAGAAAAUCGUUAUCAACUGCGGCGGCGUGAGGCACGAGACGUACCGGAGCACCCUGAAGACGCUGCCCGGGACGCGUCUGUCGUGGCUCACUGAGCCGGACGCCUUCAGCAACUUCGACUACGACCCGAAGUCCGACGAGUUCUUCUUCGACCGGCACCCGUCCGUCUUCUCGUUCAUCCUCAACUACUACCGGACGGGCAAGUUGCACUGCCCCAACGACGUGUGCGGCCCUCUGUUCGAGGAGGAGCUCGCCUUCUGGGGCAUCGACGAGACCGACGUGGAGGCGUGCUGCUGGAUGAACUACCGGCAGCACCGGGACGCGGAGGAGGCGCUGGACAGCUUCGAGACGCCCGAGCCGGAGGUGCCGGACGACGACCCGGCGCUCGCGGGGGACGGAGACCUGAAGCGGCUCUGUCUGCAGGAGGACGGCAGGAAAGUGGGCUGGUGGCGCGUGUGGCAACCCCGGAUCUGGGCGCUCUUAGAGGACCCCUAUUCGUCCAAAUACGCGCGGUAUGUGGCAUGCGGAUCCCUUCUGUUCAUCCUCAUCUCCAUUUCCACCUUCUGCAUGGAGACGCACGAAGCGUUUAAUACCAUCUACAACAAAACAGAGAACGUUACGGACGGGAACGUGACGAGAGAGGAGAUCGUGUACGAGGUGGUGACGGACAGAUGGCUGACGUACGUGGAGGGAAUGUGUGUGAUCUGGUUCACCAUCGAGGUGUUCACGCGCAUCGUCUUCUGUCCCGACAAGGCCGAGUUCUUCAAGAGCAUGCUGAACAUCAUCGACUUUGUGGCGAUCCUGCCUUUCUACUUAGAGGUCAGUCUGAGCGGACUCUCCUCCAAAGCGGCGAAAGACGUGUUGGGCUUCCUGCGAGUGGUGCGCUUCGUCCGAAUCCUGCGUAUCUUCAAGCUGACGCGCCACUUCGUGGGUCUCCGGGUUCUCGGACACACGCUUCGCGCAAGUACCAAUGAGUUCCUCCUGCUUAUCAUCUUCCUCGCUCUCGGCGUCCUCAUCUUCGCCACCAUGAUCUACUACGCCGAGAGGAUAGGAGCCAGUCCGGAUGACCCUACGGCGAGCAACCACACCAACUUCAAGAACAUCCCUAUUGGUUUCUGGUGGGCCGUGGUGACCAUGACCACCUUAGGCUAUGGAGAUAUGUAUCCGGAGACGUGGUCAGGGAUGCUUGUAGGGGCACUGUGUGCCCUCGCGGGGGUGCUGACUAUUGCCAUGCCCGUGCCCGUCAUUGUGAACAACUUCGGCAUGUAUUACUCUCUGGCCAUGGCCAAGCAGAAGCUGCCCAAAAAGAAGAACAAACACAUCCCGCGAGCCCCGCAACCCGGCUCACCCAAUUACUGCAAGCCGGAUGCCCUCGCCAUGGCGACGGCCUCGCCCCAGAGGAUCCUGGGUAACGUGUUGGGUGGCGUGCUGGGCUCGAGUGGGAUGACGGGGGACUGUCCUUUAGCUCAGGAGGAGAUCAUAGAGAUUAACAGAGACUCGAAGCAGAAUGGUGACGCAGCCAGCGCCGCUCUAGCAAACGAGGACUGUCCAACAAUUGAUCAGGUUCUUAGUCCGGACGAGCGCAGCCCCGUGGGCCAAACACAAGAACGCUACCAGCAGGACAGAGCCUGCUUCCUCCUCAACACACGGGAGUUUCGACCCACUGAUGGGAAUGUGCGGAAAGCCACGGGUUAUGAGAAAUCUCGCAGCCUGAACAACAUAUCAGGAAUGGCGGGGUCGUCCCUGCGUUUGACCCCCAUCACCAGCACGCCCUUUGACCCUUACGAGGCCCCGGGACCCCUCCGUCGCUGCCGCUCACCCAUUCCCUCCAUUUUGUAGCAGAAAAAGUGGAAAGAGUGACAGAAUGACUCAGGAAAGGAGGAGAGAAAGGCAGGACAGCCUCAUACUCACAUUCAUAGCAAUAACAAUGACUGACGGUGUCAGUAGAUACACUAAACGGAGCUGUUUGUGAGUGACCACAGGUCCAAACUGGACUUAGCAGGUUAACCGGGUCAACAACUGUACAUAUGCUUAUGAAUGGAAGGAAGUGCUUUGUUUUUUUCCCAAUGCUUUCUGGGUCAGACAACAUGUUAAAAAUGUGAUUUUGGUGCUCAAGUCAGACAGAUGAAUGCAUUUUCAUUUCAAAUACGCUCACUAUCCAUAUUUUACUAACCUUCCUUUCCCUUUAAACUCUGAAUUAUAAUACUUUGAAUAAAUGUAAUUCUAGACUUUAGAAAACUCCAGAAUUUGUAAUGCAAGAAUAAUGUACAUAUGCAAUCAUAACUCUGCAAAUAGGGGUUAAAAAAGGAAGUCUAUCACACAUACCUCUAUGCUUUGUAUUUAUCAUUGGACUGAAAUAAUUUAGUUUAAUUGCAAACCUAUUAAAUCAAAACUGGAUGGGUGUAACAUAAAUGGAUAAUUUGAGCUUUGAUAAUGCAUGAACAUUUAAUCAUUUUAUUUUAUUUUGCACAUUGUGUUUGUUUAAUCAUUGCAGAUUGUCUUUUGCUCAUUAUAAUAACAUGUUGCCAAAUUUCGCCCGACUCUAAGCAAAGUCUUCCAAUUUAAAAAAACAGUAUUAACUGAGGAGCAAAAAAAAAAAAAAGUACAUUUGAUGGAAUCAUUUUCUUUUGUUUGCCAUUGUACACUGUGUUUGUGAUGUGUAAGUGGUAGAUUUUAAGAUGCUUCAAAAAAAAAAAAACUCUAAAUAUAUAUAUGCAAAAUGUGCAAUAUUCCAUCCUAAUUCAUAGUGCUGCAAACAUACGCACAUGUGGUGUUAUAAAAGUAUGUGCAAGAGAAUUAAAUGUAAUGAAAAGGUUGAAAGAAUGGAAGAUGAUGAUUUUAAGAGCAUUUCCUGUUUGUCUUGUCAAUGUUAGUGUCCUGCUGUUGAUUUUUUAUAUUUUGAAUGUUUUUUCAAAGAUAAAUUGUUUUUGUUUUCAAAAACAUUACACAACAGUUUCAUUUGUAUAUGAUAUAUACAUAAGUGUGACUGUGUUUCUUUUUGGAUAAAUAGACAAAAAUAUAUAUGUAUUCAGGUUGAUGUGACCGAGUGCUUCCAGAAUCAUUAACAAAAAAGGUGAUACUAAGUAAAUAAGCCAUUUCUGAGAAAAUACUUCCCUGAAUUAGCCAAAAGAAAAUAGCAUGUUGCAAUAAUUGCAAAGUUGUAGUUUAUAGGGAACUGUAUGUUAUGUAGUUCUUAAUCAUUAAAUGUGAUUUAGUUUCCCAAUGGAGAACAACCCACUGCUAAGACAGUAAAUAUAUCAGUAAAGAGUCAUUUUGUUUUAAACAUGGCUCCUCUAUCAUGGAAACCUGGAUUCUACAAUGUUCCUGGCGUUGUGCAAGAUUCAAUCCUUCAAAGCGAUUCUAUUUUACAAUUCAGGAUUGGUACAGUUUCUAUGAUAAAGAAAGUUUGGCAAGUUGUAAUGACCCAGUUAAGAAAAAAGCAAUUAAAUUAGAUUUUAAAAAGUAUAUAAAGUUAAUAAAAUAUACACUGCCAUUAAAAAGUUAGUUUUUUUUUUUUUAAAGAA